AUGUCUCCAUUAUCUCUCAAUGAUGUAAAUGGUGGGGCAAAGAAGACCAAAGAGGAAAAUAGUUCUGUAAAUAAGCCGUUGGCUUCUCCAGCUACUGAAAAGGCAAUUGCUUCAAUUGCUCCUAUGUUAGAAUCAUUUGCUCCCAAAACUUCUGCUCAAGAUUCAGGAAUCCCAACUUCAACCUUCAAUUCAAGCUCAUCAUCUCCAUUAAAUUCAAAUGUUGGUAGCUACCCUGGUGAUAGUGAAUUCCCUUUCCAAGAUCCAAAACCUAGUUCAAAGAGUAGUUCUGCUGGUGAUUCUUCUAAUGAAGAUAUGAUAAGAAAAACUAUUUCUAAUUCUUCCUCGUCUUCUAGAAAAUCAAUUUCUAUUCACAAAGAGUCAGUAGGUCCUCAAUUACCAAAGAUCGGUAAGAUUGGUGUAUGUGCUAUGGAUGCAAAAGUUAUGUCAAAACCAUGCAGAAAGAUUUUAAACAGAUUAAUAGAGAAUGGUGAAUUCGAAACUGUUAUUUUUGGUGAUAAAGUGAUUUUAGAUGAAGCUAUAGAAAACUGGCCCACUUGUGAUUUCUUAAUUAGUUUCUUUUCCAGUGGUUUUCCUUUAGAUAAGGCAAUUUCUUAUGUUAAUUAUCGUAAACCUUACAUUAUCAAUGAUUUAGUUUUACAAAAGGCUCUUUGGGAUAGAAGAUUAGUAUUAAAUAUUUUAGCACAUGCCAAUGUUCCUACUCCAGAUAGAUUAGAAAUCAGUAGAGAUGGAGGUCCACAUUUAGAUGAUUUGUUAUAUGAAAAGUUAAAAGAAAUUGGUAUGACAGAAGAUCAAUUACAGAAGUUAACUAAUCAACAAGAACCAGAUUGGGAAAUGAUCGAUGAUGAUACUCUUCGUGUCGGUAAUCAAACUUUAGUUAAGCCAUUUGUGGAAAAGCCAGUUGAUGGUGAAGAUCAUAAUGUAUACAUAUACUACCCUAAAGCCACUGGUGGUGGUGGUAGAAGAUUAUUUAGAAAAAUUGGUAAUAAAUCUUCUGAGUUUGAUCCUGAUUUGGUUUCACCAAGAACUGAUGGUUCAUUUGUGUACGAAAAGUUUAUGGAUACAGACAAUUUUGAAGAUGUUAAGGCAUAUACUGUGGGACAAGAGUUCUGUCAUGCAGAAACUCGUAAAUCUCCUGUUGUCGAUGGUAUUGUCCGUAGAAAUACUCAUGGUAAAGAAAUUAGAUACAUUACAGCUUUAAGUGAACAAGAAACAAUAAUGGCUAGAAACGUCAGUCGUGUCUUCAAGCAAUGUAUUUGUGGAUUUGAUUUAUUAAGAGUUAAUGGUAAAUCAUAUGUCAUUGAUGUCAAUGGAUUUUCCUUUGUCAAGGAUAAUAAUGAAUAUUAUGAUUCUAGUGCUAGUAUUCUUAGACAACUCUUCAUAGAAGCUAAGAAAUCACGCGACUUGAUUAAGGACAAGAUUCCAAAGAUGACUAAACUUCUUAACAAGAGUCAAUUUGAAGAAAAAGAACAAAAAUGGGUAUUCAAGGGAAUGGUUUCCGUUAUUAGACAUGCUGAUAGAACUCCUAAACAGAAGUUUAAAUACUCUUUCAGAUCUCCAUUAUUCAUUUCAUUAUUGAAGGGUCAUACUGAAGAAGUUAUUAUCAGAGCAGUUCCAGAUUUACAAGUUGUAUUGGAAACAGUUAAGAUUGCUGAAGAAAAACAAUUAGAAGACUUGAAAAAGUUGAAACAAUUAAGAACUGCUUUAGAAAAGAAAAUGAAUUUCCCAGGUACAAAAAUUCAAAUAAAACCAUCUUUGCUGGAUGAAACUUCUAACGUAGAAAAGGUUCAAUUGAUUCUUAAAUGGGGUGGUGAACCAACACAUUCAGCCAAACAUCAAGCAACUGAUGUCGGAGAACAAUUAAGACAAUAUAUUAAAUUGUUAAACAGAGAUGCUUUGAAGGAUGUGAAGGUUUACACUUCUUCUGAAAGAAGAGUGAUAGCCAGUGCCCAUAUGUCAACUAUCGCUUUGUUGGGUUUAGAUAAAGAACAUGAUACCUUACCAGAAGACUUCUUAGAAGUCAGAAAAGAUUUGUUAGAUGAUUCUAAUGCAGCCAAAGAUUUAAUGGAUAAGGUGAAGAAGAAGUUGAAACCUUUAUUGAGACAAGGUGCUGAAGCUCCACCUCAAUUCACAUGGCCACCAAAGAUGCCUCAACCAUUUGUUGUUAUUAAGAGAGUUUGUGAGCUUAUGAAUUUCCAUCACAAAAUUAUGGAGUACAAUUUCAAGCACAAGAACGUUGAAGAGUUCCAAACUAAUUGGUGUUGUGGUGAAGAUCCAUUAUUAUUUAAAGAACGUUGGGAUAAACUUUUCCAAGAAUUCAUCAAUGUUGAAAAGACCCAUCCUUCAAAGAUUUCUGAAUUGUAUGAUACCAUGAAAUAUGAUGCUUUACAUAAUAGACAUUUCCUUGAAAAGGUCUUCUUAUACGAUCCUAAUGAUCAAGAAUUAUUAGACUAUUUAAGUGAGAGCUGUGGUGAUACAAUUAAUUCAUCCGGUCUUGUAAGCGAAUAUCCAAUUAAUCUUUUAGCUAUGAACAACUUCAGAAUUCCUGACAGUUCGGCUUCUGCUAUGGGUUCAGUUAGUCCACCAAAUAUUGAUUCUGGACCAAAUUCAAGUACAAACUUGACCAGUGCUAACUUACUGUCCACUCCUGUUUCCGCUGGAUCUUUAGGUUGGGUCUUAAAAGGUUCCUCUGGCCAAGAAAGUUCCAUUGAUUCCAAGAGUAGUUCAAAUGGACAAGAUAAUCCAUUUGAUCACCCUACUUUUGCUCGUUUAAGAGAGUUAUAUCGUUUAUCAAAAGUUUUGUUUGACUUUAUCUGUCCUCAAGAAUAUGGUAUAAAAGAUGAUGAGAAGUUAGAUAUUGGUUUAUUAACUUCUUUACCAUUAGCAAGACAGAUCUUAUCUGAUAUUCAAGACAUGAAAAAGCAUGAUACUGCAGCAGUAGUCAAUUACUUUACUAAAGAAUCACAUAUCUAUACUUUGCUUAACAUUAUUUAUGGUUCUCAAAUUCCAAUGAAAAUUGCUAAAAAUGCCUUACCUGAACUUGAUUAUUUAUCUCAAAUUGUGUUUGAACUUUAUGAAGCUGGAGAUCCAAAUAGUCCAACUGGUAAGAAACAUUCUAUUAGAUUUUCUUUAUCUCCUGGGUGUCACACUCAAGAUCCAUUAGACGUUCAAUUAGAUGAUGACCAUUAUAUUGGUUGUAUUCCUCGUAUAAAUUUAACUAGACAUCUUGAUAUGGAUUUAGUUACUCAAAGGUUGAAAUCAAGAUUUUCAAGGGUUUCUUUACCAAAGAAAUUUACCCCUGUCAAUAUUUCAAGUCCUUUAACAAGUGGUUUAUAG